CUUAGGCGUCUCUCUCUGUGGGAGUAGUGAAGCCUGAGGCCUAGUUCGUGUUUAUGGGAGGAAAGGAGCUUUGUGCGCUUCCCUUUUUUUCCGCGGCUGGGCUGAGCCUCUUUAUUUCGGGGGAGUGGGGACGGGGCAGAGAUUUGUGCCUAGACACGUGUACAGAUUCCUUCAGAAGACGCGUGUACAGAUCCAUUCAGAAGACACGUGUACUGACUUCUGAGCCCCUGGAAAGAGGCACUAAGGUAGCAAGUAGAGAUCUUUGAAGAACAAGCAUAGAAUUACACAUCAGUAAACUUUCAAAAUGAGUAUAUUUCCUCCUGUACCUAUACAAAGCCCUAAAGCCCAUCCAAGUAAGGAAGAUAUGAAAUGCCCUUCGCCAAGCCUUGCAAGGAUGCAUUUGAUCAAAGGCAAAGAUGCCAUAGAUCAUUAUUUGGCCAUGCAUAUCAAAGGAUUGUCAAAACAAGAGGCUGAUGCUUACCGGAAUUCGUACAUGAAGAACAUCUGCAUAGACAUGCUGCGACAGGGCUAUCACAAGUCUUUCGCUGAGCUCUUUACUCUGAUAGAGAACUGGAAUGCCUUGAGGGAGGCCUCAGGCCCUGGGUCAGCCAUAUGGCUGGAGAAAUCUCUCGGGGAGCAGCCUGAUAAGUUGGAUCAGCUUCACUACUUCUUGACCAGGGCUGAGGCAGCCCAGCGAUCAGAACAUUAUGAAGAGAUGUAUGCUAACCAACUCAGUUUGGCCCAUUGCUUCAAUAAGCCUGAAGACAAAUGGUUAAGGAAUUACUUCUAUGAACAGUGUUACAAAACUGCUCAGCUGAUUAAAAUUGAUGGUGGCAAGAAAGAAGCAGAAGCACAUUCAAAUAUGGGUCUUCUUUAUGAGGAGCAAGGCCAAUUCCUGAAAGCUAUAGAGCAUUAUGAAGCAUUCCAUCAAUUGACAGUGGGUCGUAUAUGGAAAGAUGAUACAGGCCGGACUUUCAAUACACUAGCCUGUGAGCAUCUCUGGAGGAUUUACACAUUACUAGCAGACAAAAUGCUAGCAAAUAAAGAACACAAACAGGCCAUCAAAACUCUAAUAAAAGCUUUUGAAAUGGCAAAAGAAGCAGGGAAUAAGAAGAUGGAAGGAGAAGCUGCCUACUGUUUAGGUUUAGUAUAUCAUGCAGCUGGAGACGAUAGAACAGCAGUAUCACACCUGAAUGCUUACCUGCAAAUAUCCAAAACAUUGGGAGAUUAUACUGGUCUAGGAAGAGCAUAUCAAGCUUUAGCCAAGGUUCUGAUAAGUCAGGGAGAAGUGUCUGAAGCUAUUAUGUACUUGGAAAAGUUCAUGAAUAUUGCCAAGAGAGUUCAACUGAGCCAAAGCUUAGUGGAUGCAUGUAUGUUUCUUGGAAGCAUUUACAAUGCAAGAGGGAACUACUCCAAGGCUUGUGAAUAUUUCAAUCAGGCAUUUGCAGGAGCAAAUGCUCUUUCAGAUUUGGCCCUGUUGAAUGAAACAAAGGUAUAUUGUGGCAUCGGAAGAGCUCAUAACAUGAUGCUGAAAGUUAACAGUCGAACAGAAGCUGCAGAUCAAGCCAGCGUCGAGUACCUGCUAGCCUGGAAGGAAAACAGAAAUGACAUGUGCAAUGACCCUUUUACAGUUGACAUAUGUGAAUCUUUGAUCUCGAAUAUUUGCUUGCCUUUAAAAUAAUAAUGAUGAUGAUGAUGAUGAUGAUGAUGAUGAUGAUGUCCUUUUGAGGCCAUCCUGGGGCAAAUGCUGUAAAACACUUUCCUGGGAGCAAGCACUAUUGAAUUCAAUAGGACGGCCUGAUUAGACCAUUAUAAGAUUGCAUCAUGUGCCAUUGAUCCUACACCCACUUUCCUGGGAAUUAAUUUUAGAAAAUGAGAAAGCCAGUUAGGGGAAGCAGAAGCAACACAUGUGAGGACUGAGGUGACUACCCAGGUAUCCACCUAAUCCAGUGAGAGUGCAGGUGGGCAGUCAGAAUGAUGGAAAAUGGAGAAAGGCUAUUUGAUUUGCAAAUAUGUAAAUAUGUGAUGGGAACAAACAAAAGAAAACUCCAAAGCUGCUGAAAUAAUGGGACUGUACCUAUGGGGGAUGCAUCCACACAGUAGAAACACCCCAGGUCAUGUACUGAUGUGACUACAUGAAGGGGUCCUAUGUGACUUUCCAAACUGAUUACAGGUGUGUGUGCCAGUAGGGCAGUCAAACUAUGGCAGGAUACUACACGGAGGAGCUGGGAUACAGCCCUCAUAUAAAUUCAGCCAUUGUUAACAUAAUCUCACUUGAAAAAGUCCAGUGUCUCAGGAGUAUACCUGUGGUAUCAAUUCUUUCAGUAAUAGCUGGUUUAUGGCAUUUAUUAUUGCUUCUGAAAGUGCUUCUGGAUUGCUCUGUUACUUGAAACUAAUCUGAGUACUGUCCUUUCAGAGGAAUAUAACAAUUUAAUUGGGGAUCCAUUUUGAAAGCAAAACAGUCUAUCUUUAUUAAGAUGGUUCACUAAGUAUUUCAGCCAAGAGGAGAAGGGGGGCUGUCUCAGGCCGAACCAAAAAAUUUAAGGAAAGUUCAGCCCCCCCCCCAAAGUGAAUUUGAGGAGAGAAAGCUUAAAGAAAACUAGCUUUGCUUUACUUGUGCCUUCUGCAUUGGAGAAGGCGUAACACAGCCAAAACCAUGGCCUCAAAGAGCCAGUGUCACUCCUCCUGUCCCUUCUGUCUCUCCCUUGGGAAGGAGAGUGGCCUAGACCAAGUCACUGUCAGCCAGAUGAAAUGGAGUGGCAAGCUGUGUUCAGCCUAUUAGUUGGGUAUCCCAUGCCCCUACAGAAACUGGAAGCCAUUAGUAAGGAAAUGUUUAAGAAUACAGUGGUUCUUCCACAUUUGCUGGGAUUAGAGGUGGAGGACCCUUGUGAAUGUGGGGAAA